UAUUCAUAUCACUUCACCCUGACUCUCUCACUUUCCUGACCUACCUUUCUGGGAACAUUUCGGACUCCUACAAGCAACCGACGUCUCACUCUCAACGUCAUCACCUGCAAUGCAAAUGCUUUACAACUCUAUUGAAACGAAAAAAAACGUUUAUAUUAUUUUCACUUCAUCUUGAAUUCGUAGUUCUGUGAUGAGGACUCCGCGGAAGAAUAAGAAGGCCAAUACAAAUGAUCGAAUUAGUGACUUACCGAGUAAUGUCAUUGAUGGUAUCCUAGCAAACUUGAAAAUCCGAGACCAAGUUAGGACUAGUAUUUUGUCUAAAAAGUGGAGGUAUAUGUGGACUUCAGCCCCACAACUUUGUUUUGGUUAUGACUUUUUUGUAAGGUUUCUGCGUCUUGAUGACCUUGACCCGAUAGUUUGUAAAAUCAUCAUGGAUGUUCUUAUGCUCCGCAAUGGGCCAGUAUGCUAGUUUUCUAUUGACGUACCUGGGUACUUUGGCUUUGAGUUCUCAACGGAAAAUCUCAAUAUGUGGAUCCCCUUUAUGUCAAAGGAUAUUAAACAUCUUGAGCUUGUGACCUACUGUACUCCUGAAGAUCAAAAUAAAAAAAUGCCGGAUACUCUCUUCUCUUGCAAGGAAUUGACUUUCCUCAAAUUUAGUUCAUUUGACUUGUCAGUUCCACCUAAUUUCUACGCAUUUAAAAAAUUGCUUGAACUUCACUUAGUUAUGGUUACAUUCGAGUCCAGUGCAUUUGAGAGUCUUAUGUCUGGUUGUCCGGUUCUUGAAAAGCUCAGCAUUGAAGAUUGUACUUGUUCUGAUUAUCUUGUUAUAUCUUCUCCUUCUCUCAAAGUCUUAGUGCUAGUAUUGUACGAAACAAUUUCAAUUUGUCUCAAGGAAGCAAAGAAUCUGAUUGAUUUUACACUCAAGGAAUAUCAUACUAGAAGUUUGAUCAAAAGUUUGCCAAAAAUUAAGAAGUUUUCUCUCGGCAUAUUGACAGAGAAUCCAUAUGCAGAUAUCAUUCCUCCCACGCUGCUAACAAGUUCAUUAAGCUCUUUAGAGUUUUUGGAAUUGAAUGGCUUGAAUUUGAAGGUUAAAGGAGACAUUUUGUAUUUUGUUAGUCUUCUCAAAAGUGCUCCUAGGUUGAUUGAACUUGUUAUUAAACAGAGUAACAAUGUUGAUACCACACAAGUGUUGGACCUUUCAAAGGAGUUAGAAAGACAUAGAUGUUGUCUUAAACUUCAGACAGUGGAAGUCUACACUGGAGUUUGCUCUCAGCAUGCAAUGAGUUUGAUAAAAUCCAUACUUGUAAAUUCUCCUUUGCUAAAGAUUCUUACCGUUUAUUUCUACAAUUUUGAUAAAUUAGAUGCACAUAUGUUGUUAAAAAUUUCACAAGACUUGUUAUGGAUGAAACGAGCAUCACCGGGAGCACAUGUUAAUUUCAUUCACUCUACUUAUAGACCCUAUUGAAUUCUGCCAUCCAUCAUGCCUCGAAUCCAACUGCCUUGAAAUUUUAAAAGGGAAAAAAUAAAAACAAGAAAGUUGUAUUCAACAGAAACCAGUGAUGGAGAUUGCAGCUAAACAAGUUAAGAUAGGGGAAUGAGAGUAUUUGGGGGAUGUGGUCAAGUGGAUGUAUUGUUUGAUGUAAUGAACUUGUACUCAUGUAGCCAUUGUUUAUAGCAGUUUGUGUGGUGAAGAGGGUGGUUGCACAAUGGACUGCUACUUCUUGGAUGAUGAAUCAAGAAUGUUUUAAAUCACAGUUUUCAUGUUUUCUAGUCUUCUUGUCUUAUUCCCUUUUCUUUAUGUUUUUUAGUUGAAUACAUCAAUUAAUGAUUUUGUAUUUUUAUUUUGUCGGAGAUACCGAUUCUUACAAAUGUAUAGAACUAAGUCAUUAACUUGUUUUUUAAUGGUAAUUUGGUAGUAUAUGUUUAUAGAACUUGAAUUCUUCCAAAC